AUGCCUGAGCCGCUGCGUAUCGCCAUUGCCGGACUGGGCACGGUCGGCUGCGGGGUGCUCGCGCUCCUGCGCGACAACGCAGCGCUGCUCGAGCAACGGACGGGCCGGUCGAUCGAGGUGGUCGCGGUCUCGGCGCGCGACAAGGGCAAGGAUCGCGGGGUCGCGCUCGACGGGCUCGAGUGGCGGGAUGACGCCCGGGCGCUCGCCGCCCUCCCCGCCGUCGAUGUCGUCGUCGAGCUGAUCGGCGGGUCGGAGGGCACCGCGCGGGCGCUCUCGGAGGCGGCUCUCGCCCACGGCAAGCAUCUGGUGACGGCCAACAAGGCCCUGCUCGCCCAUCACGGCGCGGCGCUCGCCGAGGCCGCGCAGCGGGCGCAUCGUCAUCUCGGUUACGAGGCAGCCGUCGCCGGCGGCAUCCCCAUCGUCAAGGCGCUCCGCGAGGGCCUCGCGGGCAACCGGCUCGGCGGCGUCUACGGGAUCCUGAACGGCACCUGCAACUACAUCAUGACGGCGAUGCACGAGUCCGUGCGGGCCGGCCAGGCGCGGGAAUUCGAGUCCGUGCUCCAUGAGGCGCAGGAGCUGGGUUAUGCGGAGGCCGAUCCCUCGACCGACAUCGACGGGAUCGACGCCGCCCACAAGCUCGCGAUCCUCGCCAGCGUCGUGUUCGGAUGCCCGGUCGAUUUCGAUGCCGUGCAUGUCGAGGGCAUUCGUCACGUCAGCGCGCUGGACAUCGGCUUCGCCAUCGAGCUCGGCUACCGUGUCAAGCUCUUGGGCAUUGCCCGCGCCGGUGAGGACGGCAUCACCCAGCGCGUGCAUCCCUGCAUGAUCCGCGAGGCGGCGCCCAUCGCCCGCGUCGAUGGCGUCUUCAACGCCGUGGUGGCGGAAGGCGAUCGGAUCGGGAGCGCGCUCUUCGAGGGACCCGGCGCCGGCGCCGGCCCGACCGCAUCGGCCGUGGUCGCCGACCUCGUCGAUAUCGCCCGCGGCCAGAUCAUGCCGGCCUUUCCCGCUGCCUUUGAGGGCGCGCAGCGGGCGGCGGCGAGACCCAUGGACCACCAUGUCGGCGCCUAUUACAUUCGCCUGAUGGUGGUGGACCGGCCGGGCGUCAUUGCCGGCAUCGCCGCCUGCCUGCGGGACGAGCAGGUCUCCGUCGAAGCCAUGCUGCAGCGCGGGCGGAACCCCGGCGAGCUGGUCCCGGUGGUACUCACCACGCACGAGUCGGAUGAGGCAGCCGUGGAGGAACGCAUGGCUGCAGAGGAGAUCAUCUCCCUCGACCGGAACCUGGCGCUGGAUGCGGUGCGCGUGACCGAGGCCGCGGCCCGCGCCGCAGCCCGGCUGAUCGGCCGGGGCGACGAGAUGGCCGCCGACCAGGCCGCCGUCGACGCCAUGCGGCGCGGCCUCAAUGCGCUCGACAUCGCCGGCACGGUGGUGAUCGGGGAGGGCGAGCGGGACGAGGCGCCGAUGCUCUACAUCGGCGAGACCGUCGGCACCGGCAAGGGGCCGAGCCUCGAUGUCGCGCUCGACCCGCUAGAAGGCACCACCAUCUGCGCAACCGGCGGCCCCAACGCGCUCGCUGUGCUCGCCAUGGCGGAGAAAGGCGGCUUCCUCGCCGCGCCCGACACCUACAUGGACAAGAUCGCCGUCGGCGACGGGCUGCCGGACGAGCUGGUCGAUCUCGACGACCCGCCCGCCACGACGCUCGCCAAGCUUGCCAAGGCCAAGGCCUGCGAUGUCAACGAGCUCACCGUCCUGAUCCUGGACCGGCCCCGGCACGAAGAGCUGAUCGCCAAGGUGCGCGAGACCCAGGCCCGCAUCCAGCUGAUCCGGGAUGGCGACGUCGCCGGCGUGAUCGCGACCACCCGGCUCAACCGCACCGUCGACAUCUACAUUGGGAUCGGCGGCGCGCCCGAGGGCGUGCUGGCCGCCGCCGCGCUCCGCUGCAUCGGCGGCCAGAUGAUGGGCCGGCUGGUCUUCCGCAACGACGACGAAGAGGCGCGCCCGCAAGAUGGGCGUCACCGACUUGGGCCGCAAGUACACCCUGCACGAGCUCGCGGGCGGCAACGUGAUGUUCUGCGCGACCGGGGUGACCGACGGCGCCAUGCUGCGCGGCGUCUCGCGUCUCCCCAACGGCGCGCGGACCAGCUCGGUGGUCAUGCGCUCCCAGACCGGCACCCUGCGCAUGAUCGAGGCCGAGCACGACUUUGCCCGCGCACCCGCGCGGGUCGGCAUGUGAUGUGCCUCGGCGUUACGCCCUCGCCCGGCCUGUCGUCGACCGCCUACCCACCUCUCCCUGUCCCUCUCCCCCCUGAAGGGCGGAGAGGGAACCGCACCGCAGACGCACGUCGCUCCCUCUCCGCCCCCGGGGGCGGAGAGGGCCGGGGUGAGGUGGGGGAUGAUGCGCGCCACGCGCAGAGGCGCAUGGGGCGAUGA